AUGCUUGCACGUGCGCUGCAGCGUCAAGUCGGCCUAUUGCGACCCACGGCUACGCUGAGUGCUCAGUUGCGGUCCGGAUAUGCCACAGCGGCAGCCACGACAUCUGCCAAUAACUUUGCAGCUCCGCAGACGGCGGCCGACCUACCGAAGCUCGGCAAUAUCGAGGCCUCAUGGGCCGGCUUGACGCCCACUGAGCAAAAGGGACUCUCAUCACAUCUCGAGGAACUUCAAAGGAAAGACUGGAAGGAGCUCUCGCUCGAGCAGAAGAAAGCCAUCUACUAUGUCGCGUUCGGCCCCCAUGGACCCAGAGCGCCCGUAGAUGCUCCUGGAGCGGGUGCAAAGAUCUUCGUCAGCGUCGUGGUCACCAUCGCUGCCGCUGUAUCCGUCUUCUGGCUCGUCCGAUCACGAGCGCCUGCACCUGUCAAGACGAUGACGAAGGAAUGGCAAGAAGCUGCGACAGACCGUGCUGUCGAGCAAAAGAUGGAUCCAUUCACCGGUGCAACCUCGGAGAAGAAGCGCUCCAUGGUCCAGUCAUAA